GGAACAGAAUCCGGAUAAGGGCGAACAGGUGCCCCCGUUGAAGUGGCGCCCCUGCCUUGCGCGAUGCAAGCGAACAGCAGCCGCUCCAAUUUAAGCGCACAAUCCUCGGGCACGCCGUCGGCCUCAACGAUCUCCUCGUCCCAGGGCAAGCAACAAGUUGUCGAACUAUCGGGCUAUGUCAUCAUACUCGUCGAGAAUGUGGAGGGUAAAAUUAAACUAUACGGCUCACCGCCCGAUCGCGAUAAUCUGGAAGUGGGCGAUGAGAUACUCGAGGUCAAUGGCCUGACCCUGGAGAAUAUUUCGCGCACGGAGGUCAUUCGCCACAUACACGACUGCAUCAAAUCCUGCACCAUCUGUCUGCGUGUGCGAAAGAAAAAUGAUUCACGACUGGCCUGGGAUAUUGGCAACUCGGUGCAGGACGCCUUCGUCAUCGCCGUCGAGGAGCACGCCCGCGAACGUCUGCAGAGAUUGGCGGCCUUGAACCGGGUCACGCCCGUCGACAUCACCCAGCUGUCCAAAAAGCUGCAACAAACGAAGAGCGGCACGUCGACGAGUCAGCGGCAGGACCUGAGCUUCCUGAACGAGUCGACGCCGAUCUAUGUGACGUCCUUCACGAGCAACCAGAUCACCUGCAGCAGUUCCACGAUGACGACGGCCACCGCCGGCGGUCCGAUCAGUGCGCCCUCGCUGGCCACGGCCACCAGCACGGUGCCCACGGCCUCCCCAUCCCUGCACACCACCACGGUGGUGGCCCAGAUCGAGCAUGGCCAUCCGGGGGCAUCCGCUUUGGUCGGCGCCGCCGUGGCAGCCGCAACGGCCGCCGAUCGGAAUGCGAAUAGCACAACAUCGGCGGCCCUCAAGCAGACGGUGAAUUGUCUGGGGCCAUCGGGUGGUCAGGGUCACCAGAUCUACCAGACCAGCCAGGCGCAGCAGCAACAGUUGCAGCAGCUGCAGCAGCAACUUGCAGCAGCGGCGGCGGCGGGAAAGCCGCUGCAGGCGAAAUCCCUGCUGGCCAGCAGUCUGCAGCAUCUCGCCGAGGAGGUGGACAACGAGGAUCUGGACGAUGACGACGAUGUGGAUGGGGCCAACUACUGUGGCAUCACCUACAUCAGUUACAACAACAAGCAUGCCCAGUUGCCGACGACGACGUUGCCUGCAACGACUGCCUUGCCGGCGGCAGCUGCCACUUUGGCCACCACGGCGGCGAUCCAUCAGCAGAGAGCCCAGCAGCAGCAGCAGCAGCAGUUGCAACAUCAUCCGGCGGUGGCAGCAGCAACAUCCAGCCAACUCAAUCGACCCACGGCACCGGCACCUCUGCAGCUCGGAGGUCCCGUCAAUCCCUGUUUCGUGGAUGCCCAGACUUCCACGUCGCCACUGAUGGUGCAGCAGCAACAGCAGGAUGUGGCAGCCUCAUCGUCAGCGGCAAGUGUGGUGGUGAUGGAGCGGCAUGUUCAUGGCACCACCACACCCAAAACGGAGUACUCCACGGCCAUUUCCAGUGGCCAAUUGCAGCAGGCCUUUGCCGAAUUGCAGCUGCACUCGAGCAACAACAAUGCAACACAGCAGCAGCAACAGCAGCAACAUUUACUUUUAAGCAACAACAAUAAUAGCAAUAAUUCAAUGGCAGCGGCACAAACAACGGCAUCUCUGAUGAAGAAUUGUGAUCUACUGAUAUCGAACAAUCUGUAUCCACCGAGAAGAGAGUUACUAGAAGACGUCAUCGUCCAUCAGGCCAGUGAUGUCCAUUCAUACAGCACGAGUGCAACAGCAACAGCAACAGCAGCAAUCGCCAGCAGCAGCAGCAGCAGCAGAGCACAGCAGCAACAUCAGUUGCUGAAUGCCGCCUACGAGUUGCAGCAACAGCAACAGCAGCAGCAGCAGCAGCAACAGAACAGUCCCACAAGUAGCAUAUCAAUAGGAAGAACUGAACUUUUAUUGGGCGAUCAGAGUUUGCGACAGGAUCCCAGAGGGAAUCGCCGGCGCUCCGGAUCGAGCAUUGUUGUGCUGGACGGCGACGAUUUGAAGCCAUGUCUGCCGGAUGACUACAUAAGCGGCCAGCACCACCUGAACCACCAGCAGCAGCUGCAACUGCAGCAGCAGCUACAGCAGCAACAUCCGCUCCAGCAGCAACACUAUCGCACGCACUCGGGCGACAUCAGGGAGAUUGACCAGGAAAUGCUGACCAUGCUGUCCGUGAACCAAGAUAACGGUCCACACCGUGAGAUGGCCGUCGAUUGUCCGGACACGUUCAUCGCACGCAACAAGACGCCACCCAGAUAUCCGCCACCCCGUCCACCGCAGAAACACAAGAAAAGCACCACCAACAACACCACCACCACCACUACAAUCACAGCUAUGACUAACAAUGAUCAUGCUAACAAAAUGUUAAUUGUUGCAUAUCAUUCUUCACAUCAACAUGAACAACUACAACAACAACCACCACCACCACAUCAUGAAAAACAACAACAACACCCAUCAAAAACAACAAAUAUUGCACUCGAUGUGGCCACACAAAAUCUGUACAAUCAAAAACAACAAAACAAAUUGGAACAAAUUGAAAACUAUGAAAAUUGCCUACAAUCGGAACAACCAAACGAACAACUCGAGCAGAAGCAGAAGCAGCAACAAUUGCAAGUAGCAACAGCAACAACAGUAGGAGCAACAACAACUGCAACACAGGUGGCCCAACAACAGACGCCCAGCCACAAGUUGCAGGCAACACUGAGCAGCGAUCCAAAUGGCAACAGCAACAGCAACAGCAAUGCCAACGGAACCAGCAGCAGCAGCAACAACAGCAGCAUCACCGACGACUUCCUCUGCGUUGUCGAUGGUCUCUAUCAGCGCAAGGACUCCGCCUCGCCCUCGUCGAGCGCCUUCGAUGAGGUGAUGAGCAAGCAUACCCUCGACUCCUUCGGCAGCAUCGCCUACCGUCACCUGCACCAGCAACAUCAGGCGACGAGCAACGGCAACAGCAGCAACAGUAAUGGGAAUACCAGCAGCAACACAGCUGAUUCGAAUAAAACCAAUACGGUAGCGGGAGUGACGAGCAGCAGCAGCAACAGCAACUCGCUGAACAGCAGCAACAGCUCGAUGCACACCAGCAACAGCAAUAGCAGCAACAGCAGCAGCAGCGGACACAGCAGCAACAUUGCCAGUGCCACUUCGACCAGCAGCUCAACGGUGCCCGAUGAUCUGAGCCUGGCGCCACCUGGCUACGAGGUGAGCCAGCAGCAACAUCAUGUUGCUCCCGUGACGGUGUUGCUGCCCCCGAUGGCCAAGCAUCGCGAGUUGCCCGUGGAUGUGCCAGACAGCUUUAUCGAGAUGGUCAAGACGCCGCCAAGAUAUCCGCCACCUGCUCACCUUUCUUCUCGCGGAUCGCUUUUAUCGAACGGCAGCGCCUCCACCGCCCACACGACGCUCUCCUCGAUGGGCGUGUCGCCUUCGCCAGCAGCAGCAGCAACUGCAACAGCACCAGCAACAGCAGCAGCAACAGCAACAUCGGCAUGUGCAACCGCAAGUGUUGCUGCUGCGGUUUCUGGUGUUGCUGACGGCGAUGCGAGGCGGGUGGCCGAUGAGCUCAAUGGGAAUGCGAAGCCCGUACCGCCGCCACGUGAUCAUUUGCGGGUGGAGAAGGACGGGCGUCUGGUCAACUGCUCCCCCGCCCCCCAACUUCCGGAUCGCCGGGCGCCGGGAAAUGCGAGCAGCGGCAGCAGCGGCGGCUUAGCACAUCCGCUGCAGCAACAGCAGAUCGCACAGAUCGUGGAGCCCACUUUGGAGCAGCUGGACAGCAUCAAGAAAUACCAGGAGCAACUGCGCCGACGACGCGAGGAGGAGGAGCGCAUAGCGCAGCAGAAUGAGUUCCUGCGGAACAGUCUGCGUGGCUCCCGGAAGCUGAAGGCUCUCCAGGACACGGCCACGCCCCCCGGCAAGGCGGUGGCCCAACAGCAGCAGCAGCAGCAGGCAACGCAGGCCACCCAGGUGGUGGGCGUGGAGAAUGAGGCCUAUCUGCCCGACGACGACCAGCCGACGCAGGUGGAGCAGAUCGAUGGCUAUGGCGAGCUGAUAGCCGCCCUCACGCGCCUGCAGAGCCAGCUGAGCAAGAGCGGACUGAGCACCCUGGCGGGUCGCGUUUCGGCCGCCCACAGUGUGCUGGCCGGCGCCAGUGUGGCCCAUGUCCUGGCCGCCCGCACAGCCGUCCUGCAGCGACGGCGUUCCCGCCACUCCGGUCCCCUGCACCACAGCGCCCUCGGUCUGCAGAAGGACAUUGUGGAGCUGCUGACCCAGUCGAAUACGGCGGCGGCCAUCGAGCUGGGCAACCUGCUGACCAGCCACGAAAUGGAGGGUCUGCUGCUGGCCCACGAUCGCAUAGCCAAUCACACGGACGGCACACCAUCGCCCACGCCCACGCCCACGCCGGCGAUCCCUGGAGGAGGAUUAGGAUUGAUCAGUGGUCACAGCAGUCCGGUGGCGGGACCCAAAAGGAACCUGGGAAUGGUGGUGCCGCCGCCCGUCGUUCCACCGCCGCUGGCGCAACGCGGAGCAAUGCCACUGCCACGCGGGGAGUCGCCACCGCCUCCGCAACUGCCCAUGCCCAUGUCCAAUCUGCCGAUGAGCGCGUGUUUCGGCACGCUGAACGAUCAGAACGACAACAUACGGAUCAUACAGAUCGAGAAGUCGACGGAGCCGCUGGGCGCCACCGUUCGCAACGAGGGCGAGGCGGUGGUCAUCGGGCGGAUUGUGCGCGGCGGGGCGGCCGAGAAGUCGGGACUGCUGCACGAGGGCGACGAGAUCCUGGAGGUGAAUGGCCAGGAACUCAGGGGCAAGACGGUGAACGAGGUGUGCGCGCUGUUGGGAGCCAUGCAGGGCACCCUGACCUUCUUGAUUGUGCCCGCCGGCAGUCCGCCCAUCCAUGGAGGAGUGAUGGGCGGCGGAGGAGGAGUCGUCGCGGGACAAACGCUCGCCGGAUUGGGCGGAGCUCAUCGCGAUACCGCCGUGCUGCAUGUGCGGGCGCACUUCGACUACGAUCCCGAGGACGAUCUGUAUAUUCCGUGCCGGGAGCUGGGCAUCAGCUUCCAGAAGGGCGAUGUGCUGCACGUGAUCAGCCGCGAGGAUCCCAACUGGUGGCAGGCGUACCGCGAGGGCGAGGAGGACCAGACGCUGGCCGGUCUCAUUCCUAGUCAGUCGUUCCAGCAUCAGCGCGAGACGAUGAAGCUGGCCAUUGCCGAGGAGGCGGGACUGGCGCGAUCGCGGGGCAAGGACGGUUCGGGCAGCAAGGGGGCCACGCUCCUCUGUGCGCGCAAGGGUCGCAAGAAGAAGAAGAAGGCCAGCUCCGAGGCGGGGUAUCCCCUUUACGCCACCACGGCGCCCGAUGAAACGGAUCCCGAGGAGAUACUCACCUACGAGGAGGUGGCCCUCUACUAUCCGCGCGCCACCCACAAGCGGCCCAUCGUCCUCAUCGGCCCGCCCAACAUUGGCAGACACGAGCUGCGCCAACGCCUGAUGGCCGACUCGGAGCGAUUCUCUGCCGCAGUGCCACACACGUCACGAGCCCGCAGAGAGGGCGAAGUGCCCGGCGUGGAUUACCACUUUAUCACGCGCCAGGCCUUCGAGGCGGAUAUUUUGGCGCGUCGCUUUGUGGAGCACGGUGAAUACGAGAAGGCCUACUACGGCACAUCACUGGAGGCCAUACGCACGGUGGUGGCCAGCGGCAAGAUCUGUGUGCUCAACCUGCAUCCGCAGAGCCUCAAGCUGCUGCGCGCCUCCGACCUCAAGCCGUAUGUGGUGCUGGUGGCGCCGCCCAGUCUGGACAAGCUGCGUCAGAAGAAGCUGCGCAACGGCGAACCCUUCAAGGAGGAAGAGCUCAAAGACAUCAUUGCCACGGCCAGGGAUAUGGAGGCCCGUUGGGGUCACCUAUUCGACAUGAUCAUCAUCAACAACGACACGGAGCGCGCCUAUCACCAGCUGCUGGCCGAGAUCAACUCGCUGGAACGGGAGCCGCAGUGGGUGCCCGCCCAGUGGGUGCACAACAAUCGCGACGAGUCAUAAUGGGGUCGCCAGAACCCCAACCCACCCAAUUACCACCACCCAAUCCAGAAAUAGGAACCCAAAACAACUCUUUGUAAAUACAAUUUUCAAUUGAGCCAUGAAGCGGAGUGCAGGAUCGAUUCCAGUCCAGUAGUUCGGUUUGCCUGCCGAUGCGAUUAACAACGCCCCCUACCACAACCCCUCCAAUAUUAUAUAUACACAUAUAUAUAUAUAUAUAUUUAUAUACUAUUCGUUGCGUAUGUGCAUUUUAGUCUUAGCGAAAAUAAUUGUUUUUAAUCGUGUGUGUCGCCCUGUUUUGAAAGCAUUCCCAUAAUACAAAACCCCUUUAUGUAUGUUCACAAAAUUUGUUGUUCGCUGAACCAUUUUGCGGGGCUGCCACAGAGAAAUCGAGUAGCUGAAGAGCCUGCUAAAUUGUAUAUUAUGAUUUUUCCAUCGUUUGUGAUUUCUGUGGCAUUGCCGUUUUGUACACCUAUAUUAUACCCAUUUUUUUUUUGUACGACUACCACUAACUUAUAUUGUAAACGUAUUUUUUUGUUUAAACUAAGCUUGAGCACUUCCUUAAUUUCAAGGGGCAAAUUGAAAUUGUAAAAUAACGAAUCAGCGCUGGGAGGAAGGCCAGAAUCGAUAUGACAUAGUACCCUAGAACCCAAUAAAAUGUGUAAUAAUACCCAUAAGCGACUCCGAAUGUUAACAGAGCCAGAACAAUCCGUAGGCAGCUGUCCCAUGGGAGAUUCGAUUAGAGCUUGAAAGUAUCGAUAUUUUCGAUAUUUUCGCAAUAUCAUUUCGAUAAUAUCGAUAAUGAUCAAAGCUCUAGAUCCGAUGGAUACAGAUUCAAAUUCAGAAGCAGAAACAGAUAAAGAUAAAGAUACAGAAGCAGAUGCAGAUGCAAGUGUUGCAAUUACGUAAUCUAUUUACUUUAUAAAAUAUAUAUACUAUACGGAUAUACAUACACGUAAAUUAUAAAUCGAAGCGUACUUAAUACAAUUAAUUUUUAACAAAACGAAUGCAAGAGCAAAGCGAAAAAAUAAAAGAGUUCGAGAAACAACAAAAUCAGUAAGUCAUUGCCAAAAAACAAAAAAUCUAAAAAAUAAAUAACUGGGAGCUAGAUGAAGAUGAUGAUGAGGAGAUGAGUUAGGAGAAUCAACUUAGAGAAACCACGAGCGAAAUUGUUAAAAACAAAAACGGAAAAGAAAUGGAAAAACAAAAUAUUUAGCCAACUUUAAGCACUGUAAGAUAAUGGAAAACCCAAUAAACGAAUGCAAAUAGUAAAGCGGCAAGAAAAUGAAUUAGGCUAAGGCAUUGAAAAACAAAAGGAAAAACAAAGGAAUUCCCAAGUAAAUGUUGUUGUAAUUAAUUAUUUAAACCAAUUCGUCUAGAGAACAGGGAGGGCAGGAGAUACAGAUACAGUUGGUUUCAACUCCAACCACAACUAACUAACUAACGAUCCGACAUAGUUGCGAUACGAAAUAUACCAUGCAUAUAGAAGUCUAUACAAAUUCCAUUGAACAGCAGCUAAAGCCAGAAUUUUAUAUUAAAAGAAUGAAGAGUGUGGGUUAAGUAAAAUAGCAAACUAUGUUACGCAAUGUUAAACACUUGAAAGAUUCUAAGAGCGGAUGAUAUUUAAAUAUACCUAAUAAUCCUACAUAUUCGGUCCAGUUGCCACCAUCCAUUUCGAUCUUAUCUUAUCUGGAUCCCCAAAAGAUCCUUGGGAAUCGAAAAUGGAAAUGGAAGCGGGACUUGUAAUAAUAAAAUUCGAAAAUAUUUUUUUUUUUGUAGUCAACAAAGGUAUAAAAAAAAUGUGUGUGCAGUAAAUCUGUUUAAGUUUUUAUUUAUGUAUGUAUGUGUGGUGUAGCAAAACUAAACUAAAUACGAAACAAAUACCUAAUGAAAAGCAAAACGGAUUACAAAAUAGGCACGGUUUAAUAGCCAUUGUACGAAAUUAACGACAUUUAUGAGUAACCCUAACGCAAGAAUGCGGACAAAGUCAGAUGAAAUAACAAUAUUAAUAAUAAUAAUAAUAAAAAACGACAAACCAAGAAAUAUAAAA